CAUGAAAUUCAGCGCUCUGUUCUAAAAGCAAUUGUUUCUAAUCAGUUCCCUAAGUUCAUAUCCUAGCAUUUACUCAGCAUGAAUUGCCAUGCAUUAUUUUAAUUCACAGAGGUGUAACUGGGGAUGGGGGAUUUUCUUCAGUUGCCAAGGUUGUCAGCUACAUCCUAUGUACCUAGAAGGUGAGCAAAAAGUGAUUUUGGUGUGCACACUUGCUUUGCACUUAUUAAGUGGUGUGAUUCUUGCUAAAACUAGCACAAAGCACUGUGGACAAGCUGUUCUAGAGUUCAUAUAGCGUUAAAACUGGAUAUAACUGUAAGGCCACUGUAAUAACAGUAUUAAAAUUAAAACAUCACUAUUAAAUUUUAACAUAAACUUGUUCUGUAGGUGUAAGAACAUUGACAUACACUAAGAAAGCUAUGGGCAUUUUUUCAAGCUUUGUAACACAUAACAGAUAACUCUUAAAUGCCACUUAUUUACUCCUCUACAGUAGGCGCUAUCUUCAAAAAGGUUUGCAGACAAUGCUGACCUGUACUCAGUUCUUGUGGAGGUGCCCUUUUUGUAAAUGGGCUCUUCCUGAUCUAGGAAAGGCCAGAGAUAAUGCAAUGGACAGAACUGCAAAGGCUCUACCACAAGAGUAGCCAGACUCAGGAAGAAUCUGACCUUCAAAGUGGUGGGGAAAAUGAUGAUGACUUUGACCAGAACUGGAAACCACCAGACAAUGACCUGAUCCAGAAGUUAAUAGCACAGAUUGAAUAUUACUUCUCAGAUGAGAACCUUGAGAAAGAUGCCUUCCUUCUAAAGCAUGUGAGAAGAAAUAAGAUGGGCUAUGUCAGUGUUAAACUCCUCACUUCUUUUAAGAAGGUGAAACAUCUUACCCGUGACUGGAGAACCACAGCCUAUGCACUGAAGUACUCAGGAACUCUUGAGCUCAAUGAUGAUAACAGAAAGGUUAGAAGAAAUACUCCAGUUCCAGUGUUUCCCGGUGAAAACCUUCCUACCAGAAUGUUACUUGUGUAUGAUAUCCACAUGAUUUCUGAACUGCAGGGUCUUAACAAACAAGAAAAUGGAUGUAUGCAAGAGAAGGUAAUGGAGCAUCUCCUCAAAGCCUUUGUAACUUUUGGUGUAAUUUCAUCGGUUCGUAUUCUCAAGCCCGGUAGGGAUCUACCACCUGAUAUCAGGAGAUUCAGCAAUCAGUACACCCAAGUGGGAACACAGGUAUGUGCAAUUAUAGAAUUUGAAGAAGUAGAUGCUGCCGUACGCGCUCAUGACUUCAUGUGUGCUGAAAAGAAAGAGACUGGCAUGAAAGUUGUCCUAAUUGGUAUGAAACCUCCAAAGAAAAAGGUUCCUAAAGACAAGAACCAUGAUGAGGACACCAGCAAGAAUGUUAAGAAGGUUAAAUCUCUUAACAAGAGAGUUGAGGAACUUCAGUUUGCUGGUGAUGAAUCUUCAGCAAAUAGCUCUUCUGACCCAGAGAGUAAUCCUGCAUCACCACUGUCAGGACGUAAAAGUACUGCAACAAGUACUACAAAUAAGUUGAGUCCUGUCAUUCACCCAAACAACCAUUUGAGUCCUAAUGUGUCACCCAGAUCAAGUCCUUGGAACAGUCCGUCUUCACUAAGAAAAGUAACCAAAAAAUCACCGCUGGCUGAAGACAGCAAACUUAACCCAAGUACUAGCCCUGAAAUUCCAAGGAAAUGUACAGAUUAUUCUUCAGAUAGCAGUAUCACUCCAUCUGGUAGCCCCUGGGUACAGAGGAGAAAAGCUCAAACUGUAACGCAAGAGAAGAGUCCAGGCACUAGCCCCAUGUUAGCUCGGAAAAUACAAAAUGCAGAUGGUCUGCCUGUAGGGGUGCUGCGGCUGCCUAAAGGUCCUGAUGGCACUAAAGGAUUCCAUAGCGGGUGUGAAAGAAGGAAAGCCAUGAAGAAUGAAUAAAUCGUUAUUUCAAAAUAAUUCCACAAGUCAGCCAAUUGCUUUUGUUCAAGCCUGGUGAAAGACUGUCACUUGAGUGACUGAGUUAAGUCAGUAUUUAAUUUUUUAAUAUUUUAUAUUUAUAUGGAGACUUUAUCAUUUGUAUGUUUGUAUUUUCACUUCACGGAAUAGUUGAUAUUGGAAGGCAUCUCUGGAGACUGUCCAGUGCACCUCUCCCUCUGAAGCAUGGUCAGCUACAGCAGGUCAGUUAGCAGCACGUCCAGUUGGGUUUUGCAUAUCUGCAAGGACAGAGACUCCCCAGCCUCUCUGGGCAACCUGUUCCAGUGUUCGAACACCCACGUAAUAAAAAAAAAAUCAUUUCCUUAUGUUCAGGUAGAAUUUCCUGUGUUUCAGUUUUUACCCCUUUUCCUUUUACUAGGCGGCACUGAGAAGAGCCUGGCUACAUCUUCUUUGUUCCUUCCCAUCAGAUACUUAAAUACACUGAUGAGAUCUGCCCUAAGCCUUCUCCAAUCUAAACUGCCCCAGCUCUCUCCCCUUCCAAUAUGAGAGAUGCUUCAGUCCCUUCAUCAUCUUAUGCACUUACCUAAUCCAGUACCCUUAUCCACAUUAUUUCUGUUAGUGUGAAAUGGCUAAAUACCGAAACAGGCAUCUAAAAUCAUUAAUAUAAUUACACUAUUUGCAAACCUGAGGAGCAGGAUGUAAAUGCUUACUCUUUAGCUGUUGUAUUAUGAUAAGCUGUAAUACGUUACCAGUCAAAUCAUAAGGAACGUAAGUUUUGAAGACUUUCUGGGUUUGUCUCAAAAGAAACAGUGCAACAUGCUACAGUGAGCAGUUGCUCUCUGCUUGCAUAUAUCUCCAGAGAGUUGUUUAAUAGGACCAAAGUGUUUAUUUUCCUGUGAUGUGAGUAAAGACUCUGAGCAUUGAAGACUGUUCUGUGUUAUCUCAUAUAAUCAGAUGGAAAUAAACUAAAUAUUAACUCAGUCUA